AUGGCGUACCCUUCGCAGCACACAAGCGCGACCUUCGUGCCAGGCGGCCAUGAUGACUACUACAUGCCUAACAGUCCAGUUUCUGUCGUCGCACCUGCCCCUCAACGACACAUGCCUGAGAUGAGUGACCAGAUUCAAGAAGGAAUCGCAAACAUGCAACUAUCCGUCACAGCACAACACGAGGCUGCUGCCUUCCCUCAGAUCCCUUACCGCGGUCGCCAUAUCCCACAGACCGAUGCCGAGUUCGAGUCUGUCCUGGAAGCUGCAAGAGUCACCGUCUUGAAUUCGAAUGACCCGGAUAUGCAGCUGGCAUGGGCUCAGGAUGCCUUGCAAUAUGUCACAAUCUGUCUGGAAAACGAGGAGCGACUACAACAGACACAACCCCCGCGCCCUCAGCAACCCCCAAUCGAAAACCAGAUCAUGGUUGACGCCAUCAACAUCGUCACCUUUCUCGCCGAUCAGCAUCAUCCCAAGGCAGAGUUCAUGCGCGGCAUGUGGAACGAGUUCGGUCGCUUUGGCUGUCCGCACGACAAGCGCGAAGCCUUUCGUUGUUAUGCCAGAGCCGCUGAUCGAGGUUACGCCCGCGCCUGUUAUCGCCUCGGCAUGUUGUACGAGAAUGCAAACGAUGAAGAAAGAGCUUUGGACAAUUACAGACGUGGUGUUGCCGCUCAAGACAGUGCCUCUCUCUAUCGCCUGGGUAUGAUCACAUUACGAGGACAAUACGGACAGCCCAAGGACUUUGCUACUGGUCUCGACCUGAUUAGGCGAUCUGCCGACUCAAUAGACGAGAAUGCGCCCCAAGGAGCCUAUGUUUAUGGCAUGUUGCUUGCUCGCCAACUACCACAGAUCAAGCUUCCUGAAGGAGUUCUACCCUUCGACGAACAAGAAGCCAGACGCUACAUUGAGAACUCGGCUUUCUGCAGGUUCUCAAAAGCCCAGCUGAAGAUGGCUUCUGCCUAUGAACUGGCCUCCCUAGGCUGUGAAUUUGAUCCCGCACUUUCUUUGCACUACAACCGCCUUGCUGCAAAGCAAGGUGAGCCUGAAGCCGACAUGGCUAUUAGCAAGUGGUUCCUUGUUGGUCACGAAGGUGUCUUCCCCAAGCACGAAGAAUUGUCAUAUAUCUACGCCAACAGAGCUGCCCAUGCUGGUCUGUCCACUGCCGAGUUCGCCAUGGGCUAUUUCAACGAGCUUGGUAUUCAUGCGCCCAAGAACAUCGAUCUUGCCUUGCAAUGGUACAAGAAGGCUGCUGCGAAUGGGAACAAGGAUGCUCAAGGUCGUAUCGAUAGUAUCGCUCACCGACACAUCUUGUCCAAGAAGGAUCAUGAAAAUGUUGCUCUGACCCGCAUCAAGUCGCAACAUGGUUCAAUGCGUGGACAACGUCCUGCGAGAUUCCAAGCCCAAGUCCCACGUAUUGAGUCCAUCUCUGAAGGCUCUGUUUCUCCUCACCCCAGGCGUCUGUCAUCUCUUGGUCCUCCUCCCUCUAGCACUCCGGCACCUUAUCCUCUGGACGACCGACCCCCUACUGUGCCUCCCCCAAGAUCUACCUCGACUGCACCUUACCCUCUAGACGACGUUACACCAAGACCGACUCCUAAGCUCGGGCCUACAGGUGGAUUCUUGGACACUCGCCCAGCGACUACCACACCCGUGGGCAACCGUCAACGUGCUCACUCUGCUCUGCCACGUCCUGAUUCUGCUGCAUCUGCACCCCAAGGCAUGCGUCCCAUGCCCGCUGGUGUAAGGCCAUCAGGUCAACGUGUAGCUUCUGGGCCUGUUUCCGGUCCUCGUCCUCCGCCAGGAAGCUCUCCUCGUAUCAAUCCCACUUCCUCAGUACCACCCGUCAACUCACGGCUCGACAUUGGCUUCACUGCACCGCCAGACACACGCCCGCCUCCUAGCGUAGUCUACUCCGCACCACAAAACCCUGUAUCAGGCAGACACUCUGCACGCCCACAAACAUCCAACAGCAACCCUAAUCUGGCACGUCCACAAACAUCUAGCAGCAACCCCAAUCUGGCACGGCCGCCGAGAGUCGAUUCUGCUACCCCAUCAAGACCGAGUCCAGGACCUUCUGCAGAUAGCAGCAGUAGCGUUGCAACACCUCCACCUACUUCUGCUUCGUCGACGCCAAAACCUGCUACACCUCUUAAGCCUGUCAAGACUGGACCGAAGACGUUUGAAGAAAUGGGAGUGCCUAAGCAUAAGCAAGAGCAGGAGUGUAUCAUGAUGUGA